GGCUGUUCUCCCUUCUAUUUCGUUUCCAUCUAUCUUGAGGUGCUCGAGCUCAGUCUGUAAAUAUUAGUAUGGAUCCUCCCAGCUCUAGCAUGGACCGACGGCUCUCGACGGACUCAGACUUGAGCCGCCUGGACUCGCCCUCGGGCGACUCGGCGAACUCGAGCCUCAGCUCGACGACCGCGCUCGUCCUGAUCCACGACUCCGCUGACGACGGCGCGCCGUUCGACUUCUCGGAGGACGACGACGACUUCUCAAAUGACCUGCAGAGCGAGCGGGUGCGCGCGUCCGCGGUGCCGCCCCUCCCGCCCAACACGGUCUUCCUCUACCUCCUCGCGCCGUACCUGAAGAUCGGGGCACUGCUGCUCCCCGCGGCUGCGCGGGGCCUGCCGAUGAGGUACGCGGUUCCGGCGCUGGUGGGCUUCGCGCUGCUGUCGGCGCUGACGAGGCAGGUGUGGUACAUGCUCGCGCGGUACGUGCGCAAGGCGGAUAUGGAGGAGGUCGUGCUGGAUGCGCUGGCACGGGGCGCAGGGAAGGAGGGGCGACGGAGGGUGGUGAGGGCGCUGGUGAGGCUCGGGACGGGCGCGGCGAGGGUGCUGGUGGCUGCUGUGUAUCUGCGGGAAUCUGUGGAGGCGCUGCUGCCCCUUGCGCCGGAUAUGUUAGUUGUCCCGCCGAGGAUAGUCUUGACGGUGAUUCUGGCUGUCAUAGUUCUUCCCCUGACUUGGGCGAAAACUGUUGCGUUCCGGCGGAUUGUAUGCGCGGAGGGGAUAUCCGUCGCUGCAUAUGUGCUGUGGAUGGCCCUGGAGACGUAUGCGCAGACGCACGGCACACAGACGAGUGAGCCGGAGCCUAAGAUGGGCGCUCUCUGGCAGAGCAUCACUACCAUAGCGUGUGCGUUCUCGACUGCACUAACCCUCCCACUGUAUGCGUCCUUGAAGGGGACCGUUCAGCCUAUGACCACGGCGUCGAAAUACUCACCUUCGUUCAAAAUACUGUCUAUCCUAUCGGUGGCAGUAGCUACUGGCUUGCUGCUGCCUCUGGUAGUAGCAUCUGCUUCAUCGAACCUGCAGGCUUCAGGUUUCCCGUCAACGUAUCUGAUGGCCCUCUUGAAAGUGGCUAUCCUGACGUCGUCGAUCCCGGCUCUGGUCAUAACCUGCCCAGCCAUCCCUAUGCCGCGUCGAAUGCGCAGAGUUUCUGACGUCCCGCUUUCCAAAUUUACUAUCUUCAGUAUCGUCGCUAUCUUGUCCCUGGCACCGGAGCAAGCAUCUUACGUUCUGCAGGACGUAAUGCUGGUCAUAGUACUGGCGGGAUCAUAUACUGCGCCGGCGCUAAUACACAUCAUCAUGUACCAGUUCAAACGCCCACUAUCCAUAGUGAUGCCGCACACACCCUCGCUGCCGCGGCAUCGCUCCUCGGACUCGACGCCCUCGCAUGAUGAGCUCCUGCAGCGCAAGGAGCGCAAGCUGCAGCGGCGCCGCCUGUGGCGCCGGAUCGUCUGGGACGUCGGCGUGUGGGCCGUGCUUCUGCCGCUGUCGGUGGGCGGCUUCGCGUGGGCAGGCGGGCGGGUCGCCGGGGCGUGGUGAACGGGCAGUCUUGGCUGUGAAAUACUAGAGCAUGUAUCGGACUCGUAGGGUGUACUUUUAUUUCGAACUUUGUAUCGAUCUAGUGUCUGAUUUUUCUUAUUGGCCAG